AUGGAGCUCAGCCAACAGUCCAUCCACGAUGUCAUCCACCCAACAGCAGCCUUUGCGGACGAGAGCGUCUGGGAGAAGUCGGCAGCCACUGCGGCCGCCCGGGCUGCCAGAGAGACGCCGUGGGAAGAGUCUCCACUGAAUCCCAAGAACCGCAUCGACAGUCUCGAGCCUCCAGCGCGGCCCCUGUGGCGGAUUGACGGCUGUACUGCAUUCGGGACUCAGUUCUAUGCGGUGCCGCUCUUCAUGGACUCGAUCCCCCCCUUCCGUGUGGAUGUCUUCAUUCCCGAGCCCGCGACGCUCUCUCACGAGCUCCGCAGCGUCCUCGACAUGGACGUUGCCUUUUACACACGAGACGCGUCCCGCAUCUCACAGCUUGGCGUUACCCAGCAUGUGCUCCGGCUGCUCCAGUACUGGACCUCGACGCUGGACGACCCGCACAAGAUAUACCAGAAUAUGCCCUUUGGCUCCAGGAUCGUCUUCAACAACCUGCCCAAGGAUGUCAGCCAGGUCCGGGUAUCCAUGGCUCCAACGUACUACCUCGAGCGCCAGAUGCUGUCGGUUUCCUCCUUUCAGAGCUUCUGGGGGUCGCACGUGGACCUUCCACCGACUGUUGAUAUCCAUGACGUCGUGUAUUUGUCACAGUUGCACGACAGCGUCUGCCUCAUUGAGUAUGAGGGCAGGACGUGGAUAUUCAAGGCCCUGACCAGCUACACCAAGUAUCUCUACCACGAGCUGCGCCAGCUCCUCUCCAUCAAGGCUCACCCCAACAUUGUGGCACGGCCGGCCCAUCUCAUCACCAAGAAGUGCACCUUUGGCAGCAAGACGGCCGUUAUCGGUUUCACGCUCGAGUUGCACGUCCAUGGCAGCUUGCGCGACCUGAUCCCCUUUCUUCAGGUGCACAACCAAGUGUCGUUGGCCGACAAGGCCAAAUGGUCUGUCCAACUCGCCUCCGCCUUGGUGCACCUACGCGAGACAUGCCACAUCUUCUAUCCGGACCUCCGGCUCGACAACAUUGUCCUGUCGGGGUCGGGGGAUGUGGUCAUGGUCGACUUUGAGCAGCGUGGCGUUUGGUGCGAGUUUGCGGCCCCCGAGGUCAACGCCAUCGAGUACGUGCGACUGCUGGCCAUUGACGACGAGAUCCCUGCGCAUGUUGUGGACAAGUACGCCGGCAUCUUGACGAGCAUGCUUCCGGGGUGGGAGGAAAUGGGCCAGGGAGAGGACUACGUCUGGCCGUCCGAGGGGUACAACGUGCCAUGGGCCUGCCUGACGCCCCGAGAGCAGGAGGCCUGCGAGGUGUACAUGCUCGGCCGCGUGCUCUGGUGCAUCUUCGAGUCCGAAAGCGCCCCCCAGCGAGCCGCCGUGUGGCUCUCGUACCGCUGGGAGCCCUUGGUCGAGUUCCCCGGAUACACCCGCACGCCGCCGGCCAUGCGCGACCUCAUUGACCGGUGCACGCGCGGCCGCCAGGCUGGCCUUAGCAGGCUCAUUGUGCGCCGCAGAGACAAGCUGGUGCUGCGAGAGUACGAGAACACGGGGGAGUCGACGGCGCAGGAGGUCCAGAACGUCGCCCGCGACUGGUGGGCAAAGGAGAUUGCCGACUCGGAGGCGUGGCUCAAGGAGCGCGCCGAGGGCCUGAAGAGGGGAGACUGGAACGAAAACUACUACAACCGGCCCAGCCUGCGCGAGGUCCACGACGAGCUGGAGAAGUUUCGCAGGGAGAACAAUCUGUGCUGA